CAUUAUAAAUAUGAGAAAAAAAAAAAUUUGAUCGCACAGAAUAGCAAAAGCUAUACAUGAAUUUGGAAGAAGCUGUUACAUUUCUAUGUGAAUUUCUCUUUUUUUUAUUUUUUUUCUUUUUUUUUUUAAUCUGAAUUAAUUUAGGAGAAACUUUGAAUUGGGGUUUUUGCAAGUUGAUGAGCUUAUGAUCGAGAAUUGAAACGCCUUGGGUAUUGAAUCGGCGACGAUCGUUUUCUGGGUGGGGGGACAUUUUUAUAUUUUUUUAGUUUCUCUCCUAAUUUUCUCUCUCCACCUACCCUACCCUUCCCUUCUCUCUCUUUGUCUUUCUGGGAGCUUUCGGUGUGUCACGGUUUCGUCUGGGUACGUGGCGGAAACUUAUAUAAUGCCCUUUCCUUUUGGCUUUUCACUUUUGAGAAGAUCUGACAGUGAUUUUCAUUGUUUAUUUGACUGGUAUUAAAUGUUAUUGGAUCAGAAUUUGUAUCCAAAAAGGAGAAAAAAACAUUGUUUGGGAUUCUUGUUUUCUAGUGGAAGAGAGUUUGGAUUGUAUUAUUGGGUUUCCGUACAAUAACGUUGCUUUCGUUGGGGGAAUGUUAUGUUUUUUUGUUUGUUUGUUUAUGUAUCAAUUUGCUUUUGAUUAUUGGGUUUUUUUAUUGGCAUCGGGAAUUGAGUUUGGUUACGCGUGGUAGUGAUUGAAGACAGAUGGUUCUGAGUUGGGUCAUCAAAGGAAGCGUGUUUUUACCUUAUUUGUGGUAGUGGUUGAGAAGCUGUUUGUGUUUUUGUUCUGUUGGUUUCUUCUCGGGUCAUCUGAAUUCAGUGUCUCUUUGUGUGUGCGUCAUUUAGUUUCAGAACUUUGGAUUACCUAUUUAUUGAUUGAUUAAGCCUAUAGCUUGCACUUCAAGAGUUUAGCUUUAGGAAUUUAUCAGAAUUAUAGAGAUUUUCCUUUUCAUUUUGAUUUGAAGUUGAAUUAUUUGGCCUGAUUGGGGGUUUUAGGCGUAUGAAUUUACGUUUAGGAGUGACUGGAGGUGUGCAGUAGUUUUUCUAAUGUAUUGGGUUUCUGAUAAAGAAGUCAAUAUUCGGAUUCUAUGGGGAACCGAAACCAAGGUUCCCUUAAUGUUCUCAUGAUGUGCGGUUGAUUGGUGUCAAACUGUAGAAAAGAGUGUUGCUCAAAAAUCUUCAGAGUUUGAUUUUGGUCUUGGAAUUUAUUUCCUUCAUCUGGGGUGAAUUGUCAGAAUUGUUAUCUUGGAAAUAGCUUGAGAGGAUUGGCAAAUGAGUAUGUCAUAAUGAGAGGGGCAGUAGGAUUGAUUGUCCAUGGAUACGUCCUACAAUGUAUUUUGUCAAUUGGUUGGCUUGGUGAAGUCAUGGAUCCCUUGGCGAUCUGAGCCAGCUAAUGUAUCGAGAGAUUUUUGGAUGCCUGAUCAGAGCUGUAGGGUAUGCUACGAGUGUGAUUCCCAGUUCACUAUACUUAAUCGUAGACAUCAUUGUCGACUUUGUGGUCGGAUUUUCUGUGGCAAGUGUACAGAGAACUCGGUUCCCGUCCCAUCUUGUGGCUCAAGGACUCCAGUGGAAGAAAGGGAGAAGAUUCGGGUAUGUAAUUAUUGUUACAAGCAAUGGAAAGAGGGAACAACUACCCUUGAUAAUGGGAAACAGGAUUCAAACCUGUGUCUUAGUACCUCACCAUCAGCAACAAGUUUGGCCAGCACCCGAUCUAGUGGGACUGGUAAUAGUAGUAGCACUACUCUUGGGUCAAUGCAAUACUCAGUUGGACCAUACCAGCGUGAUCAACCGAGUAUUGGUCUCAAAACUAACCUACCUUCUUUAAUGGAAGCCAACAAAGAGAGGCAAAGUAGAUUUGCAUCUGGGACGAGCAAUGACCUUGUCACAGUUAUGGGGGAUCCAUCAUCAAAUCGGAGUGAUUAUGAUGAUGCUGAGUAUGGCAUAUAUCGGGUGGAUUCUAAGGCUAGAGAUUUCCCUUCAGUCAAUGACUACUACAGUCAAGCUGAGUUUGAUGAGAUGGCCAAUGGUGAUGGAUCGCAUAAAGUGCACGUAGAUGACGAAAAUAUUGAUGCAAAAAGCUUGAGCGUCUCACCAUUACAUCAUCAUUUUGAAUCAAGAGCCUUGGAUGCAAUUCCACAGCUUGGAAGAACAGCAGAUGAUAAUGAUAUAGGUGAUGAAUGUGAGGCAUCUUCCACGUUGUAUCCUGUGGAUGAUGUUGAUACUGAACCUGUGGAUUUUGAGAACAAUGGGCUUCUUUGGCUCCCCCCUGAACCUGAAGAUGAAGAAGACGAAAGGGAAGCAAUGCUGUUUGAUGAUGAUGAUGAUGAUGGAAAUGUUACAGGAGAAUGGGGAUAUCUACGCACCUCAAGCAGUUUUGGAAGUGGGGAGUUUUGCAAUAGAGAUCGAUCAGGUGAGGAGCAUAAGAAUGCCAUGAAGAACGUGGUUGAUGGACACUUUAGGGCUUUGGUAGCUCAGUUACUGCAGGUUGAGAAUCUUCCUGUGGGCGAUGAAAAUGACAAAGAGAGUUGGUUGGAGAUAAUUACAUCUUUGUCUUGGGAGGCUGCUACACUGUUAAAGCCUGAUAUGAGCAAAGGUGGAGGGAUGGACCCCGGUGGAUAUGUCAAAGUAAAAUGUAUAGCCUCUGGACGUCGUCGUGAGAGUAUGGUUGUCAAAGGAGUUGUUUGUAAAAAGAAUGUGGCUCAUCGAAGAAUGACCUCCAAAAUAGAAAAACCUCGCUUUUUGAUCCUUGGUGGGGCUCUCGAGUACCAAAGGGUUUCUAACCUCUUGUCAAGUUUUGAUACUCUUUUGCAGCAGGAAAUGGAUCACCUAAAAAUGGCAGUGGCAAAGAUUGAUGCACACCAUCCUGAUAUCCUUUUGGUUGAGAAAUCAGUUUCUCGAUUUGCUCAGGAGUAUCUCCUUGAGAAGGACAUUUCACUUGUUCUCAAUAUAAAGAGGCCACUUUUAGAGCGCAUAGCCCGCUGCACAGGUGCUCAGAUAGUUCCCUCAAUUGAUCAUCUCUCAUCACAGAAGCUGGGCUACUGUGAAAAAUUUCAUGUAGAGAGGUUUCUGGAAGAUCUUGGUUCUGCUGGGCAGGGGGGUAAAAAAUUGGUGAAGACGCUGAUGUAUUUUGAAGGUUGUCCAAAGCCUUUGGGUUGUACCAUUUUACUGAGAGGUGCUAAUGGGGAUGAGUUGAAAAAAGUGAAGCAUGUGGUUCAAUAUGGAAUUUUUGCAGCUUACCACUUAGCUCUGGAGACAUCUUUUCUGGCUGAUGAAGGUGCCUCUUUGCCCGAAUUACCAUUGAACUCUCCAAUAACUGUGGCACUUCCAGAUAAAUCUUCAAGCAUUGAAAGAUCCAUCUCCGUAGUACCUGGUUUCAGUGUUUCUGGUGGAAUAUCUCCCGGAUCUAAUGAACCGCAGAGAUCUAACAGUAUCCAUACAUCAGAUCCUUCAUAUGUCUGCAGCACACAAUCUUUAAAUAAUGGGCCUAGCUAUCUACCCACCCAACCUAAUUCCAUCUUCAUCAAUUCUGCUGCUUUUUACUCUGCUAUGCCAGGGAAAUUUGUUUCAGAUUCUUACCUCAACAACAUUUCUCAUAAAACUUUUGGGGACAAAAAUGAAAUGCAUUCACAGCUGGUUGAAACUCCUGCUAUUAACAGUGGUCCUGCUGCGAUGUACAAUUAUCUUUCAUCUGAUAACAAGUUGGAGACUUUUGAGGCUUUGGAACAUGACAUCUUUUCCAACACCCAAAAUCAUCAGUGUGCAAUAACUACAAACCAGCUAGGAAAUUCAGAUGUAUCCUCCUUGCAAGAAGAUGGUAGAAACAAUUCUGAGGAGCUAGGAGUUUUAAAAGAAGCUCCAGGACUCUUGAAGGAAGAGUUUCCUCCAUCACCUUCAGACCAUCAGAGCAUUUUGGUAUCCUUGUCAUCACGGUGCGUGUGGAAGGGGACUGUCUGUGAGAGGUCCCAUCUGUUUCGAAUUAAAUACUAUGGAAGUUUUGAUAAACCUCUAGGUCGGUUUUUACGAGACCAUCUAUUUGAUCAGAAUUACCAAUGUCAAUCUUGUCAAAUGCCAUCAGAAGCUCACGUUCAUUGUUAUACUCAUAGGCAAGGCACACUCACUAUAUCUGUCAAGAAGCUACAAGAAAUUCUCUUACCAGGUGAAAGGGAAGGAAAAAUCUGGAUGUGGCAUAGGUGCCUGCGGUGUCCAAGGACCAAUGGUUUUCCUCCAGCAACUCGGAGAAUAGUAAUGUCUGAUGCUGCAUGGGGUUUAUCAUUUGGGAAAUUUUUGGAGCUCAGUUUUUCAAACCAUGCAGCUGCAAGCAGGGUGGCAAGCUGUGGCCAUUCUUUACAUAGAGAUUGUCUUCGUUUCUAUGGAUUUGGGAAAAUGGUUGCUUGCUUUAGGUACGCAUCAAUUGAUGUUCUUUCUGUAUUUCUUCCUCCUUCCAAACUGGACUUCAACCUUGAAAAUCAGGAGUGGGUACAAAAAGAAACUGAUGAGGUUGUUAACCAGGCAGAGCUUCUGUUUUCAGAAGUACUCAAUGCUCUUCGCCAAAUUACGGAGAAAGGAUCUGGUUCAGGGUUGCUUAAUAGUGGCACAAGCACACCUGAAUCUAGACGCCAAAUUUUGGAGCUUGAAGGAAUGCUACAGAAGGAGAAGUCUGAAUUUGAGGAAUCUCUUUUAAAAACUUUAAACAGGGAUGCGAAAAAGGGCCAACCUCAUAUUGACAUCCUUGAGAUCAAUCGAUUGCGAAGGCAGUUACUUUUCCAGUCUUAUGUGUGGGACCACCGCCUGGUUUAUUUAGCCGGUUUAGAUAACAGCCUUGGGAAUGGUUUGAGCAGCUCAACCUUGGACUAUGAGGGAAAACCCACUCUGAAUGAUGAAAAUCUUGCUAAGAUGAAUGUGGCCAUCAAGCCUGGAAAAGUUUUCAAUGAAUGUGACUCCUUUCUUGCAGAUACAAAACGUGAUAAGAUCUUUGAUAACCAAGAGGACUUUGGUUGCAAUGCUGAUAAAUCAGAUCCGGUUCAUCGAGAAAUAAAUGAGGGUCCAGAUCCAAAUAAGGGAGAGGAAAAACAUGCAAAUCUCUCUAGUAGCAUUAGUGUUGGCGAUCAAUCUAACCCUUUGGAGUCUAACAUUAAUGUAAGUAGGACCCUCUCUGAUGGGCAAUUUCCUGUCAUGACAGAUUUGUCAGAUACCCUUGAUGCUGCAUGGACAGGUGAAACUCACACAGGGAUUGGGUUAUUGAAGGAUAAUAUUUGUGCGGUUCCUGAUUUAUCCAUGGCAGAUUCUUCUACCACCUUUGCGGGUGCAGAGGGAUUAAACAUGGACCAUGCAGAGGACCACAAUUAUUCCAAGGUUGGCCCCCCUCUUUCACAUGCAUUAUCUACCAAGGAUUCUGAGAAUAUGGAAGACUCUAUUAGCUGGUUAAGAAUGCCCUUCUUGAACUUCUACCUUUCAUUGAACAAGAACUCCCUAGCUAGUGUACAAAAACUUGACAAAUUUGGCGAGUAUAAUCCUGUCUAUGUUUCAUUCUUCCAGAGGUCUGAACCCCAAAGUGAAGCUAGGCUGCUUAUGCCUGUGGGUAUUAAUGAUACUAUAAUUCCAGUUUAUGAAGAUGAACCCACAAGCAUUAUUGCUUAUGCUCUAAUGUCACCUGAAUAUCAUAUCCAAAUGACUAGUGAGGUAGAAAGACCAAAAGACAGUGGGGAUUCUAUGACUCCACCAAUAUCGGAAUCAUUGAAUUUUCAGCCAAUUCAUUCUUCUGGUGACACAACAAUUGAAACUUAUCGAAGUCAUGGGUCUAGUGAUGACAGCAUUCUAUCCUUGUCUGGAUCUCGUAGCUCCCUGGUUUUAGAUCCACUCUCAUAUACAAAGGCUUUGCAUGCCAGAGUUUCAUUUGGAGAUGAAGGUGGUAAGGUAAAACAUUUUGUAACCUGUUACUUUGCAAAGCGGUUUGAAUCUUUAAGAAGGAUUUGUUGUCCUUCUGAGCUUGAUUUUGUAAGGUCACUUAGCCGUUGUAAGAAGUGGGGAGCCCAAGGUGGCAAGAGCAAUGUCUUUUUUGCAAAAACCUUGGAUGACAGAUUUAUUAUCAAACAAGUAACGAAGACAGAGCUUGAAUCUUUUAUCAAAUUUGCUCCUGGAUAUUUCAAGUACCUAUCUGAUGCAAUUGUAACAGGAAGUCCAACAUGCCUGGCAAAGAUUCUGGGGAUAUAUCAGGUCACAACAAAGCAUCUUAAAGGAGGGAAAGAAUCCAAAAUGGAUGUUCUGGUUAUGGAGAAUCUUCUUUUUAAAAGGAAUGUGACACGGCUUUAUGAUCUCAAGGGGUCUUCCAGGUCACGUUAUAAUCCUGAUACCAGUGGGAGCAACAAAGUUCUGUUGGAUCAGAACUUGAUUGAAGCAAUGCCAACAUCUCCCAUAUUUGUGGGAAACAAGGCAAAACGUUUGUUGGAGAGAGCCGUCUGGAAUGAUACUGCUUUUCUUGCUAAUAUUGAUGUAAUGGAUUACUCACUACUGGUUGGGGUGGACGAACAGAAGCAUGAGCUAGUUCUUGGGAUUAUUGAUUUCAUGAGGCAGUAUACAUGGGAUAAGCACCUUGAAUCGUGGGUGAAAUUUUCAGGUAUUCUCGGCGGGCCAAAGAACUCAUCCCCGACGGUAAUUUCGCCUAUGCAGUACAAGAGAAGAUUCAGGAAAGCUAUGACAACCUAUUUUCUGAUGGUUCCAGAUCAGUGGUCUCCACCAUCUAUCAUUCCUAGUAAAUCCCAGUCUGAUUUAUUAGAAGAGAACUCACAAGGUGGAACUUUGGUUGAAUAACACUGCACGUCUGCUUGUACAUUUUGGCAUGCAUGUUAUUCUGGAUUUCCACAUGGUUUUUUCUUCAUUUUAUUUUUACUUGUUCCUAUUCUUUUCAUAGAAACUGUAGUUAUAUUUUUGUUUUCCAAACAAAUUCUUGAUUAUUUUUGGAGGAUGCUGAAGAAGGCUUUAGAAGCCAUGGAAAUUUCAGCCCGCGGAGAGGGGGGGUAUUGUAUUGGAUGACCCCGCCACAAAAAUCCUUGUAGAAAAAAAUAUAUACAUACAUAUAUAUAUAUUUAUUUAUUUAUUUAUUCA